UGGUUCCUCUCCUUUAUAUAGAGGUUCUUGGAAUAUAUCUCAGCCAUGAACUCCCACUUCUAAGGUGUUCUUGACAAUCCCUUCUUCAAAUUUCUAACUCAUUUUAUAUCAUGGUUUCAACACAAAGCCAAUCCAAAACACUCAAUGAAGAUAAAGAAGUAUUAUUACUUGCAUCACAGCUAGCUUGUGGCUCUAUGGUUCCUAUGGUCUUGAAAGCUGCAAUAGAGCUUAAUCUGCUUGAGAUCAUUGCUAGAGCUGGUCCAGGAAAGCAACUUUCAGCUUCAGAGAUUGCAACUCAGCUUUCUACACAGAAACCAGAUGCCCUUGACAUGCUUGAACGUAUCUUGCGUUUUUUGGCUAGCCAUUCCAUACUCACUUGCUCUGUUGUUGCUGCUGAUGAUGGUCAAGUUCAAAAGCUGUGUUAUGGUUUAGCUCCUGUCUGCAAAUAUUUUGUUCCAAACCAGGAUGGUGUUUCAUUAGCUCCUUGGCUUCUUAUGAUUAAUGACAGGGCCUACCAAGAAAGCUGGUACUACUUGAAAGAUGCAUUUCUUGAAGGAGGAAUUCCAUUUAACAAGGCCCAUGGAGUGACAAUUUAUGAGUACCUUGGCAAAGACCCAAGGUUCAAUGAAAUGUUCAACAAAGCAAUGUUUAAUGCCUCUGUCAUUCUCAUGAAGGCAUUUCUUGAGACUUAUGGUGGAUUUGAGAAUGUGAACGUGGUGGUUGAUGUGGGUGGUGGACUAGGGGAGAACCUUUACUUGAUCACCUCCAAGUACCCAACAAUUAAGGGUAUAAACUUUGAUUUGCCUCAUGUGAUAGCUGAUGCACCAUCAUAUCCUGGGGUGGAGCAUGUUGCAGGGGAUAUGUUUCUCAAUGGUCCAAAAGGGGACAUCAUCUUUAUGAAGAUGAUACUUCAUAAUUGGAGCAAUGAUCAGUGCUUAAGGUUACUAAAGAACUGCUAUGAAGCAUUACCAGAAGAUGGAAAAGUGGUUGUUGAGGAAGCAAUUCUUCCAGCAUCACCUGAGACUAAUUUGGUGGCAAAAGACACAUUUGCCAUGGAUUUGCGCAUGAUGGAUGUACAAUCUGGAGGAAAGGAGAGGACAGAGAAGGAAUACUCAGACUUGGCAAACAGAUCUGGAUUUAAUGGCAUUAGAUUUAUCUAUCAAGUUCAUUCAUUCACUGUGAUGGAAUUCUCUAAAACUAUGUGA